UGCUUUAGCAUUACCAAAUCUCUUGCUCAUUCUGAAAGUUGGGCUUUCAAAAUGCUUCUCUCUCUCUCUCUCUCUACUUCGAGGUAAGCCAUCACUCUGGACUCACUAUUACUUCAGUGAAUAGCUUCAAUUCUUGCAAUUCUUCCGAAAACUUCUUGUGCUUUGUAUAGCAAUCCAUAAAAUCUUGUGAAGUUUUUAAGACCCAUUUCAGCUUCUGGUUGUUUUCUGUUCUUUAUUGCUUGAGUUCUUGCAGUUAUUUGCUGGUAUUGGUUCUUACUAUAGGCUCGUUCAUAUCUGUAAUUUCAAAACCCUGGUUUGGGAGUUGAGAAUUCGAAUUUGAGAUACUCCCUGGAAACAGAUUGUCUUUCCAGGAUUUUGUGGUGACAAAGUUAAUAUUUUGGAGGGAUAUCUGAAACCCAUAUUGGAAUUUCAUGGAUACUUUACUCAAAACACAUAACAAGCUUGGAUUUUUGCAUCCACUUAAUGGGUUUUCUGAAAAGGUUAGUAAUUCAAGCUCUUCAAAACUUCAAAACCAGGACUUUAGAUUUGGUACCAAGAAGUCUCAUCUGAAAUGGGGUAGGAAUGGUUUUGUAAAGGCUAGUAGUAGUGCUCUUUUGGAGCUUGUUCCGGAAACUAAGAAGGAGAGUCUUGACUUUGAGCUUCCUAUGUAUGACUCAUCGAAGGGCCUUGUGGUGGACCUAGCAGUUGUGGGAGGCGGUCCUGCAGGGCUAGCUGUUGCGCAGCAAGUCUCGGAGGCAGGGCUUUCAGUUUGUGCAAUUGACCCGUCUCCGAAACUGAUUUGGCCAAAUAAUUAUGGUGUUUGGGUGGAUGAAUUUGAGGCCAUGGACUUGCUUGAUUGUCUUGACACUACUUGGUCUGGUGCUGUUGUCUUCACUGAUGAUCAAUCAAAGAAGAACCUCGAUAGACCUUAUGGGAGGGUUAAUAGGAAGCAGCUGAAGUCGAAAAUGCUGCAAAAAUGCAUAUCAAAUGGUGUCAAGUUUCAUCAAGCUAAAGUUAUUAAGGUUAUCCAUGAGGAGUCUAAGUCUUUGUUGAUAUGCAAUGAUGGUGUCACAGUUCAGGCUGCGGUGGUUCUUGAUGCCACUGGCUUUUCGAGAUGCCUUGUCCAGUAUGAUAAGCCCUAUAAUCCUGGGUACCAAGUGGCUUAUGGGAUUUUGGCCGAGGUUGAAGAGCAUCCAUUUGAUGUAGAUAAAAUGGUUUUUAUGGACUGGAGAGAUUCACAUCUGAACAAUGAUAUAAAGCUGAAAGAGAGAAACAGUAAGAUCCCCACUUUCCUAUAUGCAAUGCCCUUUUCCACCAACAGGAUAUUUCUUGAAGAAACAUCCCUAGUAGCUCGGCCUGGACUACGUAUGGAAGAUAUCCAAGAAAGAAUGGUGGCUAGAUUAAGGCACCUGGGUAUAAAAGUGAAAAGCAUUGAAGAGGACGAGCAUUGUGUCAUUCCAAUGGGUGGGCCCCUUCCAGUGCUCCCCCAAAGAGUAGUUGGAAUUGGUGGUACUGCUGGGAUGGUGCACCCGUCAACUGGUUAUAUGGUAGCAAGGACUCUAGCAGCAGCUCCAGUUGUUGCAAAUUCCAUUGUCCGAUACCUUGGUUCUUCUGAUAGAGGCCUUUCGGGAAAUGAAUUAUCUUCAGAAGUUUGGAAAGAUUUGUGGCCCAUAGAGAGGAGGAGACAAAGGGAGUUCUUCUGUUUUGGUAUGGAUAUUCUUCUGAAGCUUGAUUUACCAGGUACAAGGAGGUUCUUUGAUGCAUUUUUUGAUCUAGAACCACGCUAUUGGCAUGGAUUCUUGUCAUCUCGACUGUUUCUUCCUGAGCUUAUAUUUUUUGGGCUUUCACUGUUCUCUCAUGCUUCUAAUACAUCUAGAAUAGAGAUUAUGGGAAAGGGAACUGUUCCUUUGGUAAGGAUGAUCAACAACUUGAUACAGGACAGAAGUUAAGCUGAAUGGGAAUUGGAUAUCAAUGUGUUGUAUGCCAAUUGUUUUGAUAUAGCUGCUCCUUAAUGUUUAUUUACCAUUGCUAAUAAUUUUCUCUAUGAUAAAUCAUUACGAAUUAGUUGCUA